CAUCUCUAUUCUCGUCUGCCUGCCAACGUAUUAGAAUUUAGGGUUGAGUCGAGACGGAGAGAGAAAAUAAAUCUAUCCAUCUUUCCAUCUGAGCCUCUUGGAUUUGGAUUGGGGUUUCUGUCUGAUUGCUGAAGGAGGAAAAGGGCGACUUAGGGUUUGGGUUUGGCUUGCCAAUAGUCCAUAGAGAACAACAGCAGUUGGGAAGAUGCCGAAGAACAAGGGAAAGGGAGGUAAGAAUCGCAAGAGAGGGAAGAACGAGGCGGACGACGAGAAGAGAGAGCUUGUCUUCAAAGAGGAUGGCCAGGAGUACGCUCAGGUUCUUCGGAUGCUCGGGAACGGCCGUUGCGAGGCCAUGUGCAUCGACGGCACCAAGCGACUCUGUCACAUACGAGGAAAGAUGCACAAGAAGGUCUGGAUCGCUGCCGGCGAUAUUAUAUUGGUCGGUUUGAGGGAUUACCAGGACGACAAAGCCGAUGUCAUCCUCAAGUACAUGCCCGACGAGGCCAGGCUCUUGAAGGCCUACGGCGAGUUGCCUGAGAAUACCAGGCUCAAUGAAGGCAUCGCUGCCGGUCUCGAUGAGGAAGAUGAGGGAGCCGCCGAUGAUUACAUCGAGUUUGAGGACGAGGAUAUCGAUAAGAUCUAGUCCCUCCCACCGGAAGUCGCACGAGGGUUUGAGAUUUUUUUCUGGGUUUCUCUGCAUCUAUAAUCUAUUGCCCUUUUUCAAUUUCUUCUGUUUUAUUUUCUUUUAAUCUUCCUUUUGCUACGAAAUAUGUAGUUGUAAUUUGAGCAAAAAAUCUAUAUACUGUGGAUUUUAUAUGGUUUGUGGAUUAGGGCUCCUUGGUUUUUUGCAUGCUUAAUGUAUGAAUACGACACUCUUAAUUUUCUUUU